UUUUGGGAAAUGAUAGUUUUGUCUCUUCAAUAUGCUUGUGAAGUUCAUUAAUGGAUAACAUACAUUCUUAUUGAUUUCUACAUUUUCAAUAAUAUUGUGCUCUCUUACUAAUCUUUCAUUAUCAAUACUGACACAUCAACUGAAAUAUUCACGGACAAAUUUCCUGUUUACGGAGUCCCUUUCUGAUAUUCCUAAGUAAUUUCUUCGUAUCAUCGUACAUCUAUUUAAGAUCAUAUAAUUCUCCAUUCCUUUAUGACUGUAGACUUAAUGGGGGGCAAUCAAUUAAUAAUUCAUAUUAUUUCAGUCCAAACCAUAGUACUUUAAAAAGAAAAGAAAAGAACCCGAGCUGGAUUAUGUUAACUGAUUUGUUCAUACACUUUACAACGAAUUACAGCAGCAGUAGUAGUAACAGCAGCAGCAAAAGUAGCAGCAACAGCAGCAGCAGUAGUGACAGCAACAACAAUAACAACCACGGAGUAAAGAUGAAAUGUAUUUUUUUAAUUCUCUUGUUGUGUGUCAGUAUCAAUUAUUCAUCGAAGAAAGUCAAGAAAAGUCGUUUUAGGGCAGUAAGGUGGUGGACACUGGCGCAUGCAGAAUCCAUUAAUAACAUGUUGGUACCACAAACACAAAUACAAAAUCCAACUUCGUUACCACUAACAAGAAGACAAAGAAAUUUAGUUUCAAAAAAUCCAGGGAGUAUUACCGCUGUUUACCAAGGGGCAAAACAAGCUAUACUUGAAUGCAAAUACCAAUUCAAGAGUAGACGAUGGAACUGCCCGACGUAUGAAAGUGGACGAGGAAGUUCAGUUUUUGGGAAAAUUCUCCAAAAAGGAUGUCGUGAAACAGCUUUCAUAUAUGCAAUAACGUCAGCUGCAAUAUCACACGCAGUCGCUAGAGCAUGUGCCGCAGGAACUAUUUAUACAUGUUCAUGUGAUUAUUCUGCAAAACCACCAGGGUAUGAAACUGCUUCUCCUGGCUCAAACAACUGGAAGUGGGGCGGAUGUAGUGAUAAUGCAAAAUUUGGACAUAAAUUCGGACGGAGAUUUGUUGAUGUCGUUGAAAAAGGACAAGAUAUACGGUAUAUGAUGAAUUUACACAAUAAUGCAGCAGGUAGAGUGCACGUAACAAGUGAAAUGAGCCAAGCCUGUAAAUGUCAUGGUAUGUCAGGAAGUUGUCAAAUAAAGACGUGCUGGAUGAAACUACCUUCGUUUAGAAAAGUUGGAGACUUAUUAAAGGAUCGAUUUGAUGGUGCUACCAGAGUCCUUCCUGGUAAUGCAGGUAGUGAUCGAAGGCGCCGAAGAAAAUUUACAUUUACACCUUUUGAUCCGAAUCACAAGCCACCAACCAAAAAAGACCUUGUCUAUUUUGAGAAGUCGCCAGAAUUUUGUAACCAAAAUAAUGGAAUUGGUUUCAAAGGAACAGUUGGUCGAGAAUGCAAUGAUACAUCCCUUGGACUAGAAGGUUGUGACCUUAUGUGUUGUGGCCGAGGUCACCAAUCUCAGAGUUACAUGGUUCUAGAACGAUGUAAUUGCACUUUCCGCUGGUGCUGUGAGGUCAUGUGUGAAGCGUGUAAAGUCACAAAAAUGAGGCACACGUGCCUAUGACAAUGGCUCCAAAUUUAAGCAUAUCUGAACCAUCGGGUGAAUAUUUGAAACAAAUAUAGUAAAUGAAACUACUGAAGCUAUGAAUUAAGACUGUAUUAUGAGCCCUGAAUGGAUAAAUAAACACUGAGACUGUAUAGGAAGGGUUUGAAGAUUUUAAAAUAUCAAGAUGCUUAAUCUGAUGCCACAAAAAAUUUGAGAAUGUAGAAGUUGCACCAACCCAUCCUUCAAAUGAAUGUCAAUGUUGCAAAACAAACAUUUAUGAAAUUAAAUGUAUAGUGGACUGUUUGAUGCAUAAACACUGAAAAUAUGGCAAAGUUAAGUUUGCAAAAGUGACAAGUUUAUACUCAUAUAUGUGAACUUAUAUAUUUUUAUAAUUAUGCACGUAUAAACACCUCAUAAACGCUCCAUAUGUGUAAAAUAAUGUAUAUUUAUAUGCAUAAAAAUUAUGCGCAAAAUCAUAUAUAUCAAAAUAAAUUAUAAAUUGUAACUUUUAUGAAUGCUCAAAGGAAGGGGGAAAGUAUACGAGAAGGUAUAAAAUGGGAAUAUAACUUCUUUUUUAAUUAAUAUCCUUGUUGUUUCUUUAAAAUAUGUAUAUGUAGUAGGAAAGUUUGUUCAAUUGGUAAAUAAUUUUAAAAAGAUAUCAAAUCAUUCGUGUAUAUUACAGCUCACCAGAUAACACAAUUGUAAUUAAUAAAAAUCCAUAUUUAUAUUAUGUGCAUAUAUAUGUAAUAUAUAAAAAAAUGUACAUACGAAUAUACACGCA